AUGGGAAGAUCACCAUGUUGUGAUAAACAUGGCUUUAAGAAGGGUCCAUGGAGUCCAGAGGAAGACAUGAAGCUCACUCAUUACAUUCAAAUGCAUGGUCCAGGAAACUGGCGAUCUCUUCCAAAGAAUGCUGGGCUUGAAAGAUGUGGAAAGAGUUGUCGGCUUCGCUGGAUAAAUUACUUGAGACCUGAUAUCAAAAGAGGGAGAUUUUCAUUUGAAGAAGAAGAAACUAUUAUCCAACUACAUAGUGUUCUUGGUAACAAGUGGUCUACAAUUGCAGCUAAGUUACCUGGAAGAACUGAUAAUGAAAUCAAGAAUUAUUGGAAUACUCAUAUACGAAAACGAUUUCUUCGUAUGCGGAUUGAUCCCGUGACGCAUGCUCCGCGCCUUGAUCCUUUAGACUUAUCCUCGUCAGUUCUCAACUCCUCUGAUCUGGUUAAUCUAUCGAACCUACUCCGCCUUCAAACACUUCUGAAGCCAGAAGCUCUAAGACUUGCUGCAAAUAUUCUAGCAUCAAACUACGAAACCCCUCAACUCUUAUUACAAAAACUUCAUGAAAACCAAUUAUUGAAUGCUCAGAUGCAAAACCAGACCCCAACUUUCCAAUCUAAUCAGUUGGGAAACGCGUUUGAUAAACAGAUCCUUCCUUGCAAUCAAUCCAAUCUUCCCUAUUCUUCACUGGACCAAACAGAUCUCAUGCAAAGCGUGCAAGAGAGUUUCCAUUCAGCUUCUGAGCAAAUCGGUACAGAUUUGUUGGAAAACUUGAGUUUCAAUUCAGUUCCAUCGACGCCUCUAUCAAGCCCAGCUCCUUUAAAUUCAGCCUCAUCAACAUAUAUUCAUGGAAGCACUGAAGAUGAAAACUGCAGUGACUUUUUAAAGUUUGAAAUUCCAGAGGGUUUAGAUAUUGAUGACUUCAUGUAA